AGCUGGGCUGGAUGCCUAUUGAUUGGAAAACAACGGGCUGUGUGAGGACAGAUAAGGGAGGCUGUGGGCUAACGGGGAAGGGAAGGGAUACAGACCAAAGCUCAGGCCACGCUGCCAUCUUUCUCCCCCUGAUAUUUUCAUUCUUUCACCCUGGAAUGAAUGUAACUGGCUCUGCUCGACAGUGGGUUUCACAGCAGAAGGAGGCACAGAUUUUCCUUGUCUGAGGAGGUGCUGCCUACACAAGCCAUAACAGCAGCGGCUCAUCUAUUCCAGGCCCCAGUGAUUUAACCCGACCGGGGACAGAAAUGGAAGCCCCCCUCGUGUGUUUGGACGAGGAGUUCGAAGACCUCCGGCCCUGUCGGAUGGACGAGCUGGACCAUGAAGCCCUCAACCACUCCACCUACUCCUCCACAAACACCACCACCAUCGUCCCCCUGGCCCCCAUCACCCGUGAAGACUUCUCUGAGCUGGAAAACUUCUCAGAGAUGAUGAGCUUCAAGUCCAUGGAGGAUCUGGUCAACGAGUUUGACGAGAAGCUAAACGUCUGUUUUCAUAAUUACAACACCAAGACCGAAGGCCUGGCACCGAUACGCAACCAAUCACACAACCAGGAGGAUGAGGAGAGGCUGCAGGAUGAAGAUGUGUGGGAUGCUCUAACAGACAACUACAUCUCCACUUGGGACGGUCCUGACUCGGAGGGACUCAACGGAAACCUCUCUGACCAGGAGAUCCACGAAAAAGAGGAAGAGGAGAUGAACGAGAAGAACGACAACGCCAACUGUCUGAAUGACGAGCCUCUCAUCACAGCUGAUCAGGUUAUUGAGGAAAUAGUAGAGAUGAUGGAGAACUCUCCAGAUCCAGGUGAAACAGAAGAGGAAGAUGAGGAGGAGAGUAGCCACUGCUCCUCCAGGACCAACCCUUCACUCCUGGAGGAGAUCCGGCAGUUGUCGCAGGCCUCCAACAACAACUGCUCCUAUGAAGGCCUGAGUCUGAUGCCCAGCUCUGCCCUGGUGGAGCUGCUGCACCGGGUGGAGGCCGCCAUUCGUGAGUACUCAGAGGAGCUGGUCAGCCAACUGGCCCGGCGCGACGAGCUGGAGUUUGAGAAGGAGGUGAAGAACACAUUCAUCACGGCUUUGAUGGAGGUGCAGAACAGGCAGAAGGAGCAGCGGGACAGCAGCAAACGCCGGCGCCGGGACAAGGCCUUGAGUCUGCAGGGAGGGACGACAUCCGUGACCGGGGGGAACACCGGGUCCAUGGGCCGCACGGAGAAAACCGGAACCAUGCCCGUCAAGCGCUUCAGCAUGGAGGGACUGUCCAACAUCCUGCAGACGGGCAUCAGACAGACAUUUGGAAGCACAGGGAAUGAAAAACAAUAUUUAAACACAGUCAUUCCAUAUGAGAAGAAAGGCACCCCUCCAACUGUCGAUGACCUGCAGAUGCUCACAAAAAUUCUUUAUGCCAUCAAGGAGGACAGUGACAAGGUGCCUACACUGCUAACUGACUACAUAUUAAAAGUCUUGUGUCCUACCUAAAGCUCCGCCAGGCCAGGGGCCGCAGCGUGACGAAGACUUCUCCCCCUGAGGGCUUUUCCACCACCCCACCCCCCCUCGCCUCUGGCCCGAGCUGCAUGACCUCCCCCCCUUUUACCAUUAUCAACCAUGGAUCCUCACCAUCGACAUUAUUGUAUUCACCUCAACUAUGACGACUGCCUUUCGCUGAGCUCACCUUCUCCUCCUCCUGCACAUUAAAGCUCAGGCCUGACCCAACAUGGCCGCCACCCCAAUACUUCAACGAGCGGGAAGGCCAGUCCGGCUUGUUCAGGACUUCACUAAUGGAGCAUGACAUGCUAUUAAUGAUCACAACACCACUCUGGUACAGGGAUUAAUGUUAACUCUGGUUUCUGUAGUUUUCAUUAUUUUACUUUUUCUUUUCUGACAGAAUUUUGAUGUUGCCAAGUUUAAAAUAACCUGUCUAUGGAUUCUGUCCUUUUCAUUGAUCCACACUGUUAACCAAACACCAUCCUGCAUUCACAUCUGAUUAUCUCCCCGUAUGUUUCAGAUGGAAAAAAAAAUCAUCAUUUGAAUACAAAAGCCAUGCACCUUUGUCUGCCAACUUAGUACUGUAGCUCCAUGUGAAUGACAAGAAAACUAUUACGGGUGCAGUGUGUGCAUUGAAAAGCUAGUAUUGUUUUGUUUCAGUAUCGGAAUAUCCAGUGCUCUUCUGAUAUUUUUUGUAAUUUCUUUUUCAUUUGUAUCUAAAUCUUUGAUAUAAAUUCUCUUGUUGAUUUUCUAUUUUUAUUUACCGUAUCUUUGGAGCGUCAGACUGCUGUGCAUUCCACCCUGUUCAGCCAUGUGAAGGUGUGUCACCAACUUUUCCUUAGAUUUCAUCCCCUGUUGAGAUGAGCUCAUUUGACUUAAGGCGUGCAUAUUUGCAUAUUAGCAUAUUUAUGACUUCCUUUGUGCCAUGUAGGUGAAUGUUACAUCGCUAAUUGCAAAUUCUAAUAAACAUUCAACCCUAA